UGCAAUCCCACUUGAAAUACAAUAAUAACCAGAAAAUAAUGGUGUGGAAGAAUAAGAUGGUUUGACCGGUAGACCAGAAAAUAGUGGGUGGUGACGCCUACUCAACGUCAAGUCUCACAUGUCUCUUGCUUCUGCUUCUCCACCCACCCACCUCUUUCCCGGCGGCUAUGGUGGUUGAUUUCUCACGUAACAAGCUUCACUUUUCAGUUAAAGCUUCACUCUUUCUAUAUCUUUUUUCACAUUUUUGCAAACAAGUUAGAAAACCAAUUUCAAAUCUUCACAUGAGAUGUCAUACAAAGCCCCCCUUAUUAUAUAGUUUCAUUAUUUCUUUAAAUCCAUCUUAAAUGGCAUUUCUUGAUCAUACCCAUCUCAAUUUUUAAUUUCUUUCAUUGUUUGUUUAAUCUGAGGGGUUCAACCCAUCAAGAAUUUGAGACUAAUUCAUCUCAAAUUUUGCAUAAAAAUGGGAACUUUGCAUUCAAAAGCACUAAAGAUUUGAUUUUUAAUGGUUUGGCUAUGUGGGUUUUGUCAUUCAACCCAUCUUUAGAUGAUUUCAUUGUUUAUUUAACCUCAGGAGUGCUUUUUCUUUAAGCCCAUCAAAAAUUUGAGACUGAUUCAUCUCAAAUUUUGUAUAAAAAUGGGAACUUUGCAUUCAAAAGCACUAAAGAUUUGAUUUUUAUUGGUUUGGCUAUGUGGGUUUUGUCAUUCAACCCAUCUUUAGAUGAUUUCAUUGUUUAUUUAACCUGAGGAGUGCUUUUUCGUUAAGCCCAUCAAGAAUUUGAGACUGAUUCAUCUCAAAUUUUGUAUAAAAAUGGGAACUUUGCAUUCAAAAGCACUAAAGAUUGGAUUAUUAAUGGUUUGGCUAUGUGGGGUUGUCUUGAUUUCAAUAUCUUUCUAUGUUUCAACUCUAAUAUUACCAUCUUCUUCCAAUAAAGAGCAAAUCAAGAAUCUUAUGAAUUCAGUGGGACCCACUGUUACAAUAUUUGCAGCUGCUAGUCCUUUUAUUGGGUUGAUUGGGAGUAGACAGUCUUUGGCUGUUAGAUCAUGGCUUGGUUUAUCACAAGACAUUAGGGUUGUUCUUUUUAGUCAAGACCCUUCUGUUUUCUCUUUUGCAGAUUCUUUUGGGCCUGAUUCUAGGGUUUCUGUUGAACCGGACAUUGAUUACACAUUUUUAGGUACACCCUUCUUUCACUCAAUGGUUGCAAGAGCACAAACGUCAGAUUCCGACAUAUCUGUUUUGAUGGACUCAGAAACCAUUCUUUUUCCGGACUUCAUUUCUACAUUAAAUUCUGUUCAUAAACUUGACCAUGAUUGGCUCCUAAUUGCUUCAUCAAGAAACAUAUCGGAUUUCCCAUUUCAGUUGGAUGUAUAUGGUCAACAUUGGAUAGGGGGCAACGGUCAAAGGAUUGAACCAAAAAAGUUGCAGGAAUGUCUUUCUCAUGGGUCGUUGGAACAUUGUGAUGACACUAAAGUAAUCAUGGCAUGGAACAAUGGAGAUAUUCCUCUGCAUAACGGGGUUUUACCCCCGUUUUUGUACGGAAAAGGUUUUCACACCGAUUGGGUCAUAAACGAGGCUUUAUCCUCAAAAUUUAGGUUCGUAUUUGAUGCAAGUUUGACCAUUUCAAGUUUCUUUGUCAGCAAUCUUGACUUUGACUUUGACCCUAAAAUAGACGCAAGAAAGUGGGAAAAUGUUGGAAAUUCUCAUUUGAGAGCUUUAUAUGGAUCGUUAUUCUUCCGUGAAGCCGAUUACUCCAAUGUGAUUAAACUUUUCAUAUGUAACGGGCACUAUCAUUUUGGAAACGCUACAAGUAACAUUGUCUAUCCACUAGGACCUCCUAAAGGAUUAAGCUUUAACGGCGUAGAGGUGUUUAGAUUGAGGAAAUAUAAGAAACUUAUUGGUUGUUUUGAUAAAGUAAAAUCAUUUGGGAAGAAGGUUGGGUGCUCGAAAAAGAACCAAUUGAUGCCGUUAGAGCCGUUAGUUCUUCCGUUUUCUUUAGAGCUUCUAUUAUCUGUGCGUGCGGACCAAAAUAAGACGGUUGUUCUAGCGGUUGCAGGAUAUAGUUAUAAAGAUAUGUUAAUGAGUUGGGUAUGUAGGUUACACCGCCUUCAAGUUUCGAACUUUGUAGUUUGCGCCCUUGAUGAUGACAUAUACGACUUCUGUGUCUUGCAGGGAUUGCCGGUUUUUAGGGAUAGAUUAGCUCCAAGCAACAUCAGCUAUGACGACUGCCACUUCGGAACAAAUUGCUUUCAAAGGGUAACAAAAGUAAAAUCAAGGGUAGUUUUGGAAAUUCUGAAGCUGGGAUACAAUGUACUAAUGAGUGACGUUGAUGUUUAUUGGUUUAAAAAUCCUUUGCCGCUGCUUACCACCUUCGGUCCUGCAGUUUUCGUCGCUCAAUCUGACGAAUACAAAAUCACAGGUCCAAUAAAUUUACCUAGGCGCCUAAACUCGGGCUUUUACUAUGCUCGCUCCGAUAAUACAACAAUCACCGCCUUAAAAAAAGUAGUAAAACAUGCAUCGUUAUCAAAUCUUUCAGAACAACCGAGCUUUUACGAUACAUUGUGUGGAUUUAAUGGAUCGUACCGUCUAGAUGAUGACACAUGUCAAGAACCCGAAACGAAUCUCGUUGUGCAUUUCUUGGACCGAAAUCUCUUUCCAAAUGGGGCCUACCGAGACCUAUGGGACUCGAGUAACGUGUCGUCAACGUGCAUGAACAUAGGUUGUUUUGUGCUUCAUAAUAAUUGGAUUAGUGGGAGACAGAGGAAGCUCGAACGCCAGGUGUCAUCUGGCCUUUGGGAGUAUGAUACGAGUACUAGGAUGUGUUUGCGUAGCUGGCAAAGGUUCAAACCCGUAAGUUACUUUUGAGAGUUGAUGUUUACAAAGUGACGGUACGUUCCAAAAAGUAUUAGCUAAAACUUUGGUUAUACCAAAAUGGCCGGCUAUGAACAAGAGAAACGAGAAGAAAAAUCCAAAGAAAAAGCCGUUUUUAGCCGUUUAUAAUGACUGAAAUUGCUACCAAGGGGGUUUUACCAUUUUAGUUUCUUGCAAUGCUUGGAGGGUGUAUACAGUCGCUCUUCGGAGCCCAAUCGUCGGACAAGAAAGAUUCAAGAAACCGAAAAGCGGUUAAAGAUGAUUCCUUUUCUAACGGGAAUAGCGUAAAAUCACGGGAAUUUUGUGUUAGGGUGGUUCACGCAGGCGGGAAAGAAGAUCUUUAUCAAAAUCCGGUUACGGUUUCUCAGUUAGUCAAGAAUUACCCGGGGAUGUGUUUCGCAUGGCCCGAGGUUUUCAAGAAUCCCAACGAGAGUGUUUUAUCAGCAACGGAUAUACUCUUGCCCGGGCAAAAGUACUAUUUAGUCCCCCUGACAACGUUAAAGAAGUUGAAAAGGAAGCACGCCGCCAAAAAGAAAAAGUCGUUGGAAGAAACGGGCCGUGUUGAGUCCGAUGAUUCGGUUUGUUCAAAAGAUUAUUAUGUUUCGAAAGAGAAACGGUCGAGACGCUCAGUUACGAAACAUAGAGAAUCAAGAAAACCCGUGCUGCCGGUCAAAAAGUCAAAGUCAAAGUCAAAGUCAUGGCGGGGUUCUGACUGGGAGCCUAGUUUAACCUCGAUUCAAGAACUCUCUCCAUGAGCAAUAUGUUCAAAACUGGUAUGUAGUUUUAUGAACCGCAAAAUGUUACUGCUUUAGCUGCUUUUGCAACGUAUUAGUGUCGCGUGUUCUAGUUUUAUGACCUUUUACAUCAUUGGAAUCUGUUAUUAUGCUUGUUUUGACGGUCAAGAUAUGAAAAAACUUAUAUUGGACUUA